CUCGGGCGCCGGCCUUGCGGGCCCCGUCCUGACCCGGUCACGAGGGCGGACGGCACAGCCCGGGUUUCUGCCUGCCCUCCCUGCCCGAGCGCCCGCCGCGGCCGCGCCAGGCAGGAGCCGGGCAGAGAUGCCCCUGCGCUCCCGGGCAUCCUUAGGCCCCGCCACCUGCUCGCCGGGGAAGAGGACAAACAGCGGAGCAGCUGGCACACCGGGAGUCCUCCGACCUUGACCCAAGCAUGCAGGCCCCACCCUGCAGCCUCCCCACUGGGCUCAGCCUGGAUGACUUCAUCCCUAGCCACCUCCGGGCCCACCUAGGGUCAUCCUCCCGGGGUACAUGGGUGCCUGUGAUCCGGAAUGGUGGCUCCAACACCCUUAAUUUCCAGUUCCAUGACCCUGCGCCCAGGACUGUAUGCAAUGGGUACUUCCCACUGAGAGAUGCUUCCCAGCACCCAGACCCUGCUUGGUAUCAGACCUGGCCAGGCCCUGGGAGCCGGCCCUCUGGGAGCCAGAAGACCCCAGCCUCCCAGCAUCCCCAGAACUGGUCAGCCACGUGGACUAAGGACAGCAAACGUCGGGACAAGCGCUGGGUCAAGUACGAGGGAAUCGGGCCUGUGGAUGAGAGCGGCAUGCCUAUCGCCCCCCGAUCUAGUGUUGACAGCCCCAGGGACUGGUACCGGAGAAUGUUCCAGCAGAUUCACCGGAAAAUGCCAGACCUGCAGCAGGACUGGAUCUUUGAGGAACCUGCACCCAAAGUGGCUUCCUCAUGUGUCACCUCUACAAACUCAAGGCAUCCAGGGCUCCAGCAAAGACCUGUCUCCAGGCCAGGCCAGGCCUCAUCUCUGAGCGGAAGAAGCUGGGACCUCUCUGAAGAGUUUCCUAGAAGCACCUUCAACUGUAAUCCUGGAGCAUCCUCCUCCCAGCUCCAGACCCCAAAUCAGGUGACCCGAUGCCGAGAGAAAGUGGACAAUGUCUGGACGGAAGAUUAUUGGAACCAGUUUCUGCAAGAACUAGAGACUGGGCAGAAGCCCAAGAAACCACUUGUGGAUGACCCUGUUGAGAAGCCCUCCCAGCCCAUCGAGGUCCUGCUGGAGAGAGAGCUGGCCAAGCUGAGCGCGGAGCUGGACAAGGACCUGCGGGCAAUUGAAACCCGGCAGCCAUCCCCUAAGAGCUCCCAGUCGCCUCGACGGUCGCGGGAGCCGCGGCCCCGCGCCGGCCCGGCCUCCGCCUGGAGCUCCAGCGCGCCGAAUGCACUUUACCUGGGUCCUUCUCGGCCCCUGAGCCCUCACAGAAUGGCGGAUGGAGGAAGCCCCUUCCUAGGUCGUAGGGACUUUGUCUACCCUUCCUCCACCCGAGACCCUAGUGCCUCUGAACGAGGGGGCAGCCCAGCCAGGAAGGAAGAGAAAAAGAGGAAGGCCGCCAGGCUCAAGUUUGACUUCCAGGCACAGUCCCCCAAGGAGCUGACUCUGAAGAAGGGCGACAUUGUCUACAUCCACAAGGAGGUGGACAAGAACUGGCUGGAGGGGGAACACCAUGGCAGGCUGGGCAUCUUCCCUGCUAAUUACGUGGAGGUGCUGCCUGCAGAUGAGAUCCCCAAGCCCAUCAAGCCCCCCACCUACCAGGUGCUGGAGUAUGGAGAAGCUGUGGCCCAGUACAACUUCAAGGGGGAUCUGGAGGUGGAGCUGUCCUUUCGCAAGGGGGAGCGCAUCUGCCUGAUCCGCAAGGUGAACGAGAACUGGUACGAAGGGCGCAUCUCGGGCACAGGGCGCCAGGGCAUCUUCCCUGUCAGCUACGUGCAGGUGUGCCGCGAGCCCCGGGUCCGGGUCUGCGACGACGGCCCCCAGCUCCCUGCGUCUCCCCGCCUGACCACCGCCCAUCUUGCCCGUCACCCCAGCUCCCCGUUAGCACCGCGCAGCCCAGCUGAUCCCACCGAUUCAGGGGGCCGAACCUCCCCUCGCCGCACUGGCUUCUCCUUCUCUGCCCAGGAGGCCAGACCACAGACCCAGAGUCUCAGCACCCCUGGGUCAGCUCUGUCCCAUCCUGGAGGCUCCAGCCGUCCCCUGGACCUGGGGACCUCCUCCCCCAACACUACUCAGAUACACUGGACCCCGUACCGGGCGAUGUACCAGUACAGGCCCCAGAACGAAGACGAGCUGGAGCUGCGGGAGGGGGAUCGGGUGGAUGUCAUGCAGCAGUGUGACGAUGGCUGGUUUGUGGGUGUGUCCCGGAGGACCCAGAAAUUUGGGACCUUCCCUGGAAAUUACGUAGCUCCAGUGUGAUGGUCUCCGUGACAACUCAGAGCUCAGCAGUAGCACUUACGAGAGGGAGAGAGAACCCGCUCUCCCACAUGCUCCUCUCCAGGCCCUGAACUGCUGGCAUCUGCAGACAACCCCACCAGCCUUUCCCUUGGAGCCCCCUCGAAGCCUCCUGGACUGAUUCCCACCCACAACUUACAGGCAUUCCUUGAACAGCCUUUUAUUUCCUCUGCUACCCAACUCUCCAAAUACAGAGGUCUGCUUUGAAGUGGAGACUGUUUCCAGGCCUUAUUGAGACCAGAACCCUGAGUCCCCCACCCCCACCCUCCUCUGGCAUUUCCUCUAACAGGAACGGCUCCCAGCUUCACCCCCAUGGGGUUCCUCUAACAAGGACCAGCUUCCUAACCUCAUAGAGACCAAAGGCCGCCUCUGCCUGGAGGAGAGUCCACUCCUUUCACUCCAGCCUGCCUGCUGCCUCUUUUGCCUUCCGGAUUCCAGCUGGGCCUGGGAGUAAGGUGGAGGGUGGACACAGCACCUCCUUAGCAUUCAAGGCCUGGCAGGAGGUCUUGCCCAAAGGCCCCCCUUCCCAAAGGCUGCCAAGCCCUGGGCCUGGGGUGUGCCUUGUCCUGCUGCUGUAGUGCCCAACAAGGCCGUGGCCUCAGAGGACUGGCCCGUCCCCGAUGUUUUCCAGGGACACUGAUGUGUGCUGCCCUUCUGCCUCCCCAGCUCCCCCAAGUCCCCCCGGAAGAGAAUGUAAAAUGAAUCUGGAUGCCUGGACCUUGCUUUGCAGUCCUUUUCCUUUGAGGUGGGGGAGGGCUCCUCCUGCUUAGGGGUGUGGGAAUUCUCUCUGUGGUCGGCUGUGCUGGGAGUCAGGUGGGAUGUGCGUGUGCGCGUGUGUGUGAGUGUGUGAGGGGAGGCUGGAAAAGCACCAUUAUUAUCAAGAUCUCAGCCCUCAGGAUCGGGCAGCUGUCUGACAAGCAGCGUGGAGAGAAGUGACAUCCUGGGGACCAGGGCAAGGCCUGACUGGGGAGAAACCAGAGCCGGAGCGGAACGUGACCUUGUUUGCGGGCUGUUUUGAAUCUGGAGCCGCUGUGGGGUUGCUGGAAUGGAUGACAUGUCUAGCUCUUUGGGUCCUAAUGUUCUUCUGUGUGCCCUGUUUCCACCUGAAGCCCCCGGGUGUUUGUUUACUUUCUUCUCUGGCUCAGGUUUUUGAGCAAUCAGUUGCGGGAAGCUGGGAGUGGUGGGGCACAGCUCGUGCCAAGGUGACUCUUCUCACCCAAGGUUUCAGAGUCCUGGGGCUUGGUGGUUCCUGUGGGGUGACAGUGGUGGCACAGUCUGGGCCUGGUUGCUCUGCCGAGGAAGGAAAGCUCCAUUCCUCGGCAGCCGCUGGCAAUUGAGCAGAGCAUAAGGCGUUAUCUGAUGGAAGCACUCCAAUGGCAGGUUAUGAUUCCAUUUUACAGGAGGAGACUGAGGCUGAGAAAUUAAGUUGUCUGGGUCACAUCAUUAUAAAAUGCUAAAGUCAGGCCCCAUGAUCCUUGCCGCCUCUCUACAAAGUCUACCAAAUGCCCAGCAUUCCUUGUGCAGAGGCCCCUGGGGAAGGAAGGUCACACAUGAGGUCAAGGACUUCCCUGGGGCAGCCUGGGCUGGGCCUGUUUUACAUUCUUGCUGGCAAUCUUGUUUUCUAGGCCUGUCACUUAAGGCUCCCCCACCCCAGGUGGGUGGGAAGAGGUGGUGGUGCCUCGUUCUGUCAGGACUGAGGUGGGAGGGCCUGUGAGUGACAGGGCCGUGGCCUGGCCCUGGCAGGUUCCUUGAGCCUGGGUGCGGCCUAGUCUCCAGCCACGGUUAAACAGCAGCUGGGAGAACAAGACCUACGUGUAUUCCUUCAUCCGUUCCAUCCACCCCAGUCGUCACCAGGGUCUGCUUCUAAGUUGGCAGGUGCAGCCCAUCCUAUGGAAUACCAUUCCUGAUCCCCUAUCCCAGCUCCUUCACAUUCCUUGAUGCCCUUGUAAAAGGCAUCAGGCCUGAGAUUUCCCUUCCCCGGGGCAGAAACCAAAUCUAGACCCUCUCUGACGCCCUGAAACCUCUGCAGCAAACCAACCCUAUGCCCUUGGGCUGUCUACCAUGACAGCCCUGCCUGGACGAUGACCACUUCUGUGCCUUGACCUGGCACGAGGGGGGAGAGGAAGGGAGAAUCGGAAACCUGAGGGGUGAGGGAGACCUGAGGGGUCAGCGCCCGAAAGGACCUUAUGCCACGGGGGCUGCUCGUCCCAUUAUAGAGGUCAGGUGAGUGAGUGCCCGGGGCCACAGAGUUGCUGAGAGUGGGACAGCACUUCCUUCUGUUCCAUGGGGUCAUGCCCUGGGGUUGGCCUACUUUGUCUUGGUCAUGAGUUUCGUGAAUGCACAACCCACAGAGCAGAAAUCCUGCAGAUUCACCUGUGGACGUUUCUAAAGACUGUCCAAGGCAAAGUCAGGAGCUCAAAGAGGUGUAAAACAGAGUCUCUGCCACAA